ACAAACAGCUACAGCCACAGCACAGCACAGCACAGCACAGCAUCUCAGCGUUACAGGCCGAUAUGAAGUGUCCACCCUGGCCGAAAGGGAAGAAACUGGUCCACCUGGAUCUCAAAGGUGCACCGCCGCGUGUCGAGUACCUGCACAAGCUGAUCGAGCUUUUCUCAGAGCUGGGAGUGAACGGCCUGCUGGUGGAGUAUGAGGACAUGUUUCCCUAUGAGGGGCAGCUGAAGCUGCUGCAGGCCACAGUGCAUCCUGCUUACAGCCGAGAAGAAGUACUAUCCAUGCAGGAAUUGGCCAGAUCUAAAGGCAUGGAGGUGAUCCCACUGGUGCAGACAUUUGGUCACAUGGAGUUCGUAUUGAAGCAUCCUCAUAUGUGGAAUCUAAGGGAGGCGGGGCACUGCGUGGGAACCCUCAACCCGCACAAAGAGGACAGCCUGAAGCUGGUGAUGGAGAUGCUGAGGCAGGUGGUGGAGCUGCAUCCAGGUCUGAACACACUUCACAUCGGAGCAGAUGAGGUCUACAUGCUCGGCGAGGGCGAGGAGUCCAAGCUGUGGCUGGCUUCAUCCGGUCACACGGUGGAGCAACUUUUCCUGAGUCACGUGACCAAAGUGGCGAAGGCGAUCAAGGAGGCGUGGCCUCACAUGACCAUCAUAAUGUGGGAUGACAUGAUGAGGGGCAUGAGUGAGGCCACUCUGAAAGCGAGCGGCCUCGUCGGACUGGUCCAGCCCAUGCUGUGGGACUACACCCCAAACCUGGACGUGGACAAAACCGUGUGCCUUCUGGAGAAGUACUGCAGUGCCGGCAUGUCGGACGUUUGGGCCGCCAGCUCCUUCAAAGGCUCCACCAGCGUCUUCACCUGCGUGUGCAGCACUCAGCGACACCUGGACAACCAUUUGCAGUGGCUGAAGGUCGCUGCUUUGCUGUCCGCCGCCGUGAGCCUGAAGGGCAUCGCCAUCACCGGCUGGCAAAGGUACGACCACCUGUCUGUGCUGUGCGAGCUGCUGCCCGUCGCCCUGCCGUCCCUCGCCGCCUGCCUCCUCACGCUCCUCCACGGCCAGUUCGGUGCAGAAGUUUCCUCCAGAGUGAGCGAGAAGCUGGGGAUUCCCUCGGUGGAGGUUUCAGCCCUGGGGAGCUCAUCUGCAGCCGACUCCAGCUACCCGGGGAGGAGGCUCGCCGAGCUGAUUGUAGAGCUGGAUUCUCUCCUGAACACGGACGACGUACGGUUUUUCGAAAACAACAUGUUUGUCAGAGGAUGGUUGAGUCCGUACCACCGACAGAGGAAGAUGGUGACCCCGCUCAUCUGCAUGCAGGCGCACAGUCAAGCUUCAACGUAUCUGACUCUGAUACAGCAGAAGGUGGAGGCGGUGAGAGAGGAGAUGGUGCGUCUUUACCCAGAAUCAACGGUCCAGGAGUGGAUCGAGGAGCAUGUCACUCCCGUGACGGCGCCUCUCCGGAGGAUAACAGAGGACAUAAAUGUCUGUGUAAAGGAGAUGGUGCCGUAG